AAUCAACAGGAAGUGACCCCAAAUCUACAGCGAGUAACCUGCUAAUUCUGUGAAACCAACAAGCGCGUGAAAGUCAACAGGAAGUGACCCGGAGAGGUCUCAAAAUCAACAGGGAGUGACCUGAAAUCAACAGGAAAUGACCCGUUAAUUCCGUGAAAUCAACAAGUGGCUGAAAAUCAACACGAAGUGACCCGGAGAGGUCUCAAAAUCAACAGAAAGUGGCCCGAAAUCAACAGGAAGUGGCCCGAAAUCAACAGGAAGUGACCCGAAAUCAAUAGAAAUUGACCUGCCAAUUCCGUAAAACCAACAAGUGCAUUAAAAUCAACAUGAAGUGACCCGGAGAAACCUCAAAAUCAACAGGAAGUGACUGAAAAUCAACAGGAAGUGGCUUGAAAUCAAUAGGAAGUGACUUGAAGACAAUAGCAAGUGUACAGCUAAGUCCGUUAUUUUAACAAGUGGCUGAUGAUCAACAGGAAAUGACCCGGAGAGGCCUCAAAAUCAACAGGAAGUGACUGAAAAUCAACAGAAGUGGCCCGAAAUCAACAAUAAAUGACUUGAAAUCAAUAGCAAGUGCCCAGCUAAUUCCGUGAAAUCAACAAGUGGCUGAAAAUCAACAGGAAGUGACCCGGAGAGGCCUCAGAAUAAACAGGAAGUGACCCGAACUCAACAGGAAAUGACCAGCUAAAUCCGUUAAAUCAACAAGUGGCUGAAAAUCAACAGGAAGUGACUCGGAGAGGCCUCAAAAUCAACGGGAAGUGACUGAAAAUCAACAGGAAGUGGCCCGAAAUCAACAAGAAAUGACUUGAAAUCAAUAGCAAGUGACCAGCUAAUUCCGUGAUAUCAACAAGUGGCUGAAAACCAACAGGAAGUGACCCGGAGAGGCCUCAUAAUUAACAGGAAGUGACUGAAAAUCAACAGGAAGUGGCCCGGAAUCAACAGGAAGUCGCCCGAAAUCAACAGGAAGUGACUUGAAAUCAAUAGCAAGUGACCAGCUAAAUCCGUGAAAUCAACAAGUGGCUGAAAAUCAACAGGAAGUGACCUGGAGAGGCCUCAAAAUUAACAGGAAGUGAUUGAAAAUGAACAGUAAGUGACCCGAAAUCAACAGUAAGUGACCCGAAAUCAAUAGCAAGUGACCUGCUACUUCCGUGAAACCAACAAGUGCGUGAAAGUCAACAGGAACUGACCCGUAGAGGCCUCAAAAUCAACAGGAAGUGACUGAAAAUCAACAGGAAGUGGCCCGAAAUCAAUAGCAAGUGACCUGCCAAUUCCGUGAAACCAACAAGUGCAUGAAAAUCAACAGGAACUGACCUGGAGUAGUCUCAAAAUCAACAGGAAGUGACUGAAAAUCAACAGGAAGUGGCCCGAAAUCAACAGGAAGUGACCCGAAAUCAAUAACAAGUGACCUGAUAAUUCCGUGAAACCAACAAGUGCGUGAAAAUCAACAGGAAGUGACCCGGAGAGGCCUCAAAAUCAACGGGAAGUGACUGAAAAUCAACAGGAAGUGGCCCGAAAUCAACAAGAAAUGACUUGAAAUCAAUAGCAAGUGACCAGUUAAUUCCGUGAAAUCAACAAGUGGCUGAAAAUCAACAGGAAGUGACCCGGAGAGGCCUCAGAAUAAACAGGAAGUGACCUGAACUCAACAGGAAAUGACCUGCUAAUUCAGUUAAAUCAACAAGUGGCUGAAAAUCAACAGGAAGUGACCCGCAGAGGCCUCAAAAUCAGCAGGAAGUGGCCCGAAAUCAACAGGAAGUGACCCGAAAUCAAUAACAAGUGACCUGCUAAUUCCGUGAAACCAACAAGUGCGUGAAAAUCAACAGGAAGUGACCCAGAGAGGCCUCAAAAUCAACGGGAAGUGACCUAAAAUCAACAGGAAGUGACCCUCAUGUCUUUCUGAUGUGACUCCUCCUCCCCGCCACCUUGCAGCCAAUCAUUGGUCCGCAUACGGUCGCAUGAAUAAACCACUAUGUAAAUAAUGCAUAAAACUAUAUGAUCUGGCCCUGAAGCCUCUAGCAACUGGUCAAUAAUUCAUCUGCAACUGAUUUUCUUCUUGAAUGAUGUUUCCAUGGCGACAAGAUUGUCUUACCCCCAAGCUUAACUCUUUCACUGCCGUUGACGACGCUGGACGGCCGAUCUUGCUUCUGCUGUGAAUUGAGAUGAGGCCAAUGAGUUAAUGAGGCGUCAUUCCUGUCCCGCAAAUCCGUCUCUGUCCACUCGGCCACCGCGCGGUAUUGAUUUUUCAUUUGUGUCCAUCUGAGGUUACUCAGUAAAUGGCAUGUGGCUUUCGGAAGAAAAACAAUCUGUAGGACAGGAGGGAAAAGAAAGAAAUCAGGGAUAAAUGUCCGAAUUAACCCUUUGGAACUGGGGUGACAAACAUGUGGCCCGCCAAUGGGUCCAAUUCGGCACUUUUUCAGCCUGAUGGACACGUCAUUCGUACUGUUCAUACAAAAUCACGUUUUUAUUUUGACAGCGGCGCCUUCAUUUGCCACCUAGCACUGUCAAUAGUAGCCAAAAUAUCAACAAGGAAGUGACCCAAAAAAUGCCCCAAAACAGACAGGAAGUGAUCCAAAAUCAACCGGAAGUAACCUGGAAAUUUCCCAAAAUCAAAAACAAGCUACAUAUGAACGGAAAGCAGCGGGAAAUGCCCUAUCAUCAAUAGGAAAUGAUUCAAAAUGUACAGGAAGUAACCUGGAAACGCCUCAAAAACAACAGGAAGUGACCAAUGAACAGGAAACAGCCCAGAUAUGCCCUAUAAUCAGCAGGAAAUGAUCCAAAAUGUACAGGAAGUAACCCAGACAUAAAAUCAAGGACUGGCUGAAAAUGAACAGGAGGUGAGGCGUAAAUGCCCUCAAAUUAGGACGACGUGACCUUAAAUCAACAGGAAGUUGCCUGAAAUUAACAGGAAGUGGCACGAAAUCAAGAGGAAUUGAUCCGAAAUCAAUAGCAAGUGACCCAGGAAUGGCCCAAAACCAACAGGAAGUGGCCCGGGAAUGCCAUAAAAUCAUCCAGAAGUGACCAAUGAAUACGAAGUGGCAAGGGAAUGCCCUAAAAUCAACAGGAAAUAACCCAAAAUCUACAGGAAGUGACCCCGAAAUGACCCAAAACCAUCAGUAAGUACCUGGAAAUGCCCCAAAAUCAUCGGGAAAUGACCAAUGAACAGGAAGCGGCCCGGGCAUACUUUUAAAAUAACAAGAAAUAAUCCAAAAUAUCCAAGAAGUCCCCCCGGAAUGACCCAAAACCAACAGAAAGUGACCUGGAAAUGCCCCAAAAUCAUCCGGAAGUGAGCAAUGAACAGGAAGCGGCCCGGGAAUGCCCUGAUAUAUAAAGGAAAUGAUCCAAAAUGUACAGAAAGUGACCCGGGAAUGACCCAAAAUCAACAGGAAGUGUCCUAGAAAUGCCCCUAAAUCAUCCAGAAGUGACCAAUGAGUAGGAAGCGGCCUGGGAAUGCCCUGAAAUCAACAGGAAAUGAUCCAGAAUGUACAGGAAGUGACCUGGAAGUUUAAUAUAAAAAAAAAAAAAAACAUGCGGGCCACGGCGUUCAUGUGCGUGCACAAGCAAAUGCACAAUACAGAGAGCCCGCUCUCGGUUUUAUCCCAAUUUUUAAAUUUUUUAAAUAAUUUAUUAGUCCGGUGCGGCGGCCCGACCCGACCCGAAUGUGAAUGCUUAACAUUUUGAGUCCGACCCAAUUUCGGGUCGGGGUCGGGCCCAAAAUGUUAAUCGGGUUCGGACACAAGAUCUAACCUCUAAGAGAUAGGACAUAACAUAACAAUGGCUGAAGCGGAGAAAGAUUAUUGAUGCACCUAAGACAUUGAAAGCAGACAUCUGAAGACAUUUUGGCUUCUACGAGGUUGGUGGGAAACUUGACCAGAGUUAUGCGGUGUGUAAAAAAAUGAAACAUGAGAAUAAUAAUACAAAUGGGGAAAUCAAAUCUGUUGCAGCACCGGAAUUGCGCAGGGAAGAUUUUUUGAACGUACUUAUAUAUUUUAAAAUGCGCUGAAUCGAUUCGGCUUGUUGCCCGCAUCGAAUCGAAUCGUCCAUGCCCCGCAUCGGGAUGCAUCGCCGCAUUGAUUAUUGUUGACACCACUAUCCAAAAUCAUCCGAAAGUGACCAAUGAAUAGGAGGCGGCCCGGGAAUGCGCUGAAAUCAACAGGAAAUGAUCCAGAAUGUACAGGAAGUGACCUGGAAAUUCCCCAAUAUCAUCGGGAACUGACCAAUAAAUAGGAGGCGGCCCGGGAAUGCCAUGAAAUCAUCCAUAAGUGACCAAUGAAUAGGAAGUGGCAUGGGAAUGCCCUAAAAUGAACAGGAAAUAACCCAAAAUUUACAGGAAGUGACCCCAAAAUUACUCAAAACCAUCGGAAAGUGACCUGGAAGUGCCCCAAAAUCAUCGGGAAUUGACCAAUGAACAGGAAGUGGCCCGGGAAUGCCCUAAAAUCAACAGGAACUAAUCCAAAAUAUACAGGAAGUGACCCCGAAAUGACCCAAAAUAUACAGGAAGUGACCUGGAAAUGCGCCAAAAUCACCGGAAGUGACCAGUGAAUAAGAAGUGGCACGGGAAUCAACAGGAAAUAAUCCAAAAUGUACAUGAAGUAACCCCCAAAUUAAAUCUUGAGUUAAAAAAAAUGGAGUUUUAAACCCCUAUCCUAAGAAAUCAUCAGUGUUUACAUCCAUGAAACGGAAAGGAAAAAAAGAGCAUUCAGCACAAGAAAGAAAGAAAAAGUAGAGAACACUACGCAGGCCUGCUGGCUUUGAUGAGAUUAUCCCGCGUCGCUGAGCUUCCGGCCUUCGGGAUGAUCAAAUUAAAACAAGACGCAGAAGAAAAUGGGAGGAGAAGAAGAGGGAGGAAGGGCGACAAGCGCGGCUCUCUCGAACGCAUUUCACAAUGUCAUUUGAUAACAGCGUCUUUCUUUCUUGUAGCAGGUUCAACAACAAAAAAGCAAAACCGAGCGCCGGUCGUUGGAAAGAAGGCUACAUGCCAGUUGGUCUUUAUCAUCCCAGAAGAAACAAGUUCAACAAAUCCCAAAAUCCAAGAUGGACUUUGUGAUGAAACAAGCCUUGGGUGGUGCCACCAAAGACAUGGGCAAGAUGCUGGGCGGCGAGGAGGAGAAGGAUCCCGACGCGGCCAAGAAGGAGGAGGAGCGUCAGGAGGCGCUGAGGCAGCAGGAGGAGGAGCGCAAGGCCAAACACGCCCGCAUGGAGGCCGAGAGGGAGAAGGUCCGGCAGAGCAUCCGGGACAAGUACGGCCUGAAGAAGAAGGAGGAGAAGGAAGCGGAGGAGAAGGCGGCCAUGGAGCAGGCGUGCGAGGGUUCCCUGACGCGCCCCAAGAAGGCCAUCCCCAGAGGUUGUGGGGACGAUGAGGACGAGGACGACGAGAGCAUCCUGGACACCGUCCUCAAGUUCCUGCCUGGUCCUCUGCAGGACAUGUUCAAGAAGUAGACGAAGGGGAAAGGAAUGAUGGGAAAGACGGGGGAGGGACGUUCUUGCCAAAAUGGCGGCUUUACACUGCCUUUUCUAUACUUCUUCUGUCUUUGUUUUUCUUUUUUUAAUUUCAUUUGAUCCUAUCGGGCCUUUCGAUCGGUACGUUGCUAGGCAGAGUUUGUUUAUUGGACACGUGCCUUCACCGGGUGGACGUGUGAAAAGCAUGCCAAUGUCGAACAGGAAGCAACGACACUGCCAAGACUCCAUUUCUUCUCUGAAAUGAAAUACGCUCCGAAUUGACAAUCUACAGAGCCCCUUAAUGGACAUCAACAGAAAUAAAAUAAAUUUCUGCAAUCUGGUGCGAACCAAACAAUCUGGUAAACA